AUUCCUCUUUCAUUGUUGACAACGAUAUUUCUGUUUUUCGAGCCUUGGAAUUCAUUGAUUAUAUGAUAUCCAGACGAAAAGUCAUAAGGAUGAUGUACUAACCUAAUUGUUUAACGAAUACUGCCAAAGUACAGCCAUUCUAGGGAGCAUUGCUCCCAACAUCAUGCCAUAACUGGUAGGGAUUGGAGAACAACCAUGGCUUCAAAUACGGUGAACUCGCCUGCCCGGCCGCUUCAAGCCGGCGGCAAGGACAAGCAUCCUCGACCAGCAAAGCCCAACUACAAGCAUAUUCAUCGCUUCCCACUUCCUGUUGCAGUGCAUCCAUUACCACCUCUGAUCCCCCACAACCCAUUGUCUGUCAUUAGUGUCCUCCUGUCGUAUCUCACAACAUACUUAGUCUCUCCACCAAAGAAAGAAAUAUAUUCCGCUUAUUUUGAUGCAUCUACCUCAUCCAUACAAGUCACGGAUCCAAAAACCAUGAGAGCCCUAUGGGAGAUGGGUUUCUUCGGUAGAGGUAACCUGAGCAGAAGUGAGCCUAGCUGGCUUGAGCGGGAAAAGAAAAGAAGAGGUCUAUUAGCCACGAAGACGAACGAGGAAGUAACGGGUCAGCGAAGAGUAGAGCGUCGUGAAAUGAAACUUGAACGAGCGAGGAAAGAACAAGAGGCUAUUGCUCAGCAGUUAAAGGAAGAGGCAGCUAGGCUUCAAGCGGGUGCUUCCCGCUCAUCAGACCAACUGGCUACCUCUGCUGGCGAGCACAUGAAUGGCUUUCCUAAUGGAUCUGCUGAUAGACUUGCUCUUGCUUCCGAAGUUGUAACGGUUGAGGAGCACACAAACGGUCCCUCGAAUGGGUCCGUCGAGAAGAUCACUGUCUCGUCCGGUGAAACGUCAAGUACAACCAAGACUGUUCGAUUCUCGCCGGUCGUGGAAGAGAAGAAAUUCACACCGGAACCACAAGAGUCUAUAUAUGACUCCACAAAACUUGCCGAGAAUGUGUUGAUCAAUGAGGAGCAUCUUCAGCUUACUCACGAAGAGGCUCUCUUUCUUGUGUAUGGAUUGGGAGCUCUUCAAGUAUUUGACCAAGACACGAAUACGAUCAUCCCGACACCAUCUCUUAUCAAAUUAUUCACCCAGAACUCCACAUUUCCUGCCCGGUCAGAUACAGAACCGAUCUCUCCGGAUGAUCCAUUCCUCAUCUCCUAUGUUGCUUACCACCACUUCCGUUCUCUUGGCUGGGUCGUUCGAUCCGGUGUCAAAUUUGGCACCGACUACCUACUAUACAACCGUGGACCGGUCUUUGCACACGCAGAAUUUGCCGUCCUCGUUCUACCUUCUUAUGAAAAUCCAUACUGGGAAUCUACACCCGAACUCAGAGAAUACUCGACCAAGAAGCAGUCGCGGAGUUGGUGGUGGCUACAUGGCGUAAACCGUGUACAGGCACAAGUUAAGAAAACACUUGUUCUGUGUUUUGUUGAUGUGCCACCCCCGCUGCCUUCGUCGUGGGAGAAUUUAGGAGGGAUUCUUCGUCAGUACAAAGUACGCGAGAUUCUCCUUCGGCGCUGGCUGCCUAAUCGGUCGCGAGAUUGAUCGAUGCGAUCUGUUUCGUCAUAUGCAAUUUUCUGGUCUGUACAUAAAUGCAUGAUGACUGUAUGAUAGCAUGAUACCCAGUUUCUGAGAUAGUUAGGAUUAUAGUCAAUACCUUUUAAUGUAAGUCGCG